CUAGCCCUGGCCACCACACAUGGUUUACUUUGUUUUCCAUGUCUUUAGCUAGCCCUGGCCACCACACAUGGUUUACUUUGUUUUCCAGGUCUUUAGCUAGCCCUGGCCACCACACAUGGUUCACGUUGUUUUCCAGGUCUUUAGCUAGCCCUGGCCACCACACAUGGUUUACUUUGUUUUCCAGGUCUUUAGCUAGCCCUGGCCACCACACAUGGUUUACUUUGUUUUCCAGGUCUUUAGCUAGCCCUGGCCACCACACAUGGUUUACUUUGUUUUCCAGGUCUUUAGCUAUCCCUGGCCACCACACAUGGUUUACUUUGUUUUCCAUGUCUUUAGCUAGCCCUGGCCACCACACAUGGUUUACUUUGUUUUCCAGGUCUUUAGCUAGCCCUGGCCACCACACAUGGUUCACGUUGUUUUCCAGGUCUUUAGCUAGCCCUGGCCACCACACAUGGUUUACUUUGUUUUCCAGGUCUUUAGCUAGCCCUGGCCACCACACAUGGGUCAGUUUGUUUUCCAGGUCUUUAGCUAGCCAUGGCCACCACACAUGGUUUACUUUGUUUUCCAGGUCUUUAGCUAGCCCUGGCCACCACACAUGGUUUACUUUGUUUUCCAGGUCUUUAGCUAGCCCUGGCCACCACACAUGGUUUACUUUGUUUUCCAGGUCUUUAGCUAGCCCUGGCCACCACACAUGGUUUACUUUGUUUUCAAGGUCUUUAGCUAGCCCUGGCCACCACACAUGGUUUACUUUGUUUUCAAGGUCUUUAGCUAGCCCUGGCCACCACACAUGGUUCACUUUGUUUUCCAGGUCUUUAGCUAGCCCUGGCCACCACACAUGGUUUACUUUGUUUUCCAGGUCUUUAGCUAGCCCUGGCCACCACACAUGGUUUACUUUGUUUUCAAGGUCUUUAGCUAGCCCUGGCCACCACACAUGGUUUACUUUGUUUUCAAGGUCUUUAGCUAGCCCUGGCCACCACACAUGGUUUACUUUGUUUUCAAGGUCUUUAGCUAGCCCUGGCCACCACACAUGGUUUACUUUGUUUUCAAGGUCUUUAGCUAGCCCUGGCCACCACACAUGGUUUACUUUGUUUUCCAGGUCUUUAGCUAGCCCUGGCCACCACACAUGGUUUACUUUGUUUUCCAUGUCUUUAGCUAGCCCUGGCCACCACACAUGGUUUACUUUGUUUUCCAGGUCUUUAGCUAGCCCUGGCCACCACACAUGGUUCACUUUGUUUUCCAGGUCUUUAGCUAGCCCUGGCCACCACACAUGGUUUACUUUGUUUUCCAGGUCUUUAGCUAGCCCUGGCCACCACACAUGGUUUACUUUGUUUUCCAUGUCUUUAGCUAGCCCUGGCCACCACACAUGGUUUACUUUGUUUUCCAGGUCUUUAGCUAGCCCUGGCCACCACACAUGGUUCACGUUGUUUUCCAGGUCUUUAGCUAGCCCUGGCCACCACACAUGGUUUACUUUGUUUUCCAGGUCUUUAGCUAGCCCUGGCCACCACACAUGGGUCAGUUUGUUUUCCAGGUCUUUAGCUAGCCAUGGCCACCACACAUGGUUUACUUUGUUUUCCAGGUCUUUAGCUAGCCCUGGCCACCACACAUGGUUUACUUUGUUUUCCAGGUCUUUAGCUAGCCCUGGCCACCACACAUGGUUUACUUUGUUUUCCAGGUCUUUAGCUAGCCCUGGCCACCACACAUGGUUUACUUUGUUUUCAAGGUCUUUAGCUAGCCCUGGCCACCACACAUGGUUUACUUUGUUUUCCAGGUCUUUAGCUAGCCCUGGCCACCACACAUGGUUUACUUUGUUUUCAAGGUCUUUAGCUAGCCCUGGCCACCACACAUGGUUCACUUUGUUUUCCAGGUCUUUAGCUAGCCCUGGCCACCACACAUGGUUUACUUUGUUUUCAAGGUCUUUAGCUAGCCCUGGCCACCACACAUGGUUUACUUUGUUUUCAAGGUCUUUAGCUAGCCCUGGCCACCACACAUGGUUCACUUUGUUUUCCAGGUCUUUAGCUAGCCCUGGCCACCACACAUGGUUUACUUUGUUUUCCAGGUCUUUAGCUUGCCUUGGCCACCACACAUGGUUUUGUGCCAGGGCCUUCUUGCGGUCGUUGAGUAACCUCGCUGUUCUGUGGGUAUGAUUACUCUGCAACCCCAGAGUAGACAGCCUUUGUCAGUGGAUAGCUGCUGUCUUCUGGUGAAGUAUCCCUAUAGCUCCUAUCUUUCUACAUAGCUUGGCCAGCUAUGCAGUGUGAAAUCCAGCACUUUGAACAACACGGUGUCUCUCUUUGUCCCCAUGGCAAUGUCUGUGGCUUGAAGUGGUAUGUCGUCCCACGCUGCAAAGUAGAAGACAUUACCAUCCGUUUCCGGUGCCUCCAUUCCGUCCAGUGGUUGCCAGGAUAAUGCGUCAGCAUUUAAGUGAUCGGCUGAGCAGUGGUAUUCAAUGUCAUAACGGUAGGCUGAUAGAAUGGUGGCAUUCUUGAGGUUGACAGAGUAGGCUGUCUUCGAUCCGAAGAUGGACAGGAAUGGUUUGUGAUCUGGAAAUAAAAAGUACAUCUACGGCCAUAAAGAUACUUGUCAAAUAACUCCAAAGAUCAGAGCCACCCCUUAUUUCUCUAUCUGCUCCUAGUUUUUCUCACUAGAACUGAGGGUUCAGGAUGCAAAUGCUAUGGGUCUUUCAGUCCCCGUUCUCAAAAACAUGUGAAAUCACUGCUCCAACCCCUUACAACGAGGCAUCACAAGAAUAAGGGUCUCUUGGUGUCGUAGUGCACCAAACACUGACUGUCCAGUAACAUCCGCUUACUUUUGUGGAAGACAUCUUUGCUCUGUUUUUUCCAUUGCCACAGCUCGUAGAAGGGCUUCAGUACGGUAGACUUGUUUGCCAGGAAACAGCCAUAGUGAUAAUGUUAAGACAUGCAGCCUCCAAAAUGGCUGAGACUUUCUUUUCUGUGGCCUAGUUACUCCACGAUGUAACUUGGUGAUUAUGUUCUCCCCCUCCAGUCUUGUCAGCUCUUUUUCCACCUUUUCUCGUAAAGGAGUAAGGAACAGGGCGUGGCUUGUGAAACUUUGGGUUGGCCUCUGGUUUCAUCUUGAUGUCUGUUUUGAACUCCUAGAUCAAGCCUAAACCCUCUUUGAAAACCUGAUUGUGUUUCUCCAACACUUUCUUGAGGAACAGUGUCUUUUUUCCCCAUUCACUUUAGAAAAUACUCUCCCAGUCUAACCGGAUGUGUUUUAACCGGUUUCUCCAUGGUACUGCUCAUUGGUUGCAUUUGGCGACCACUAGUGGUAUCUUUCCGCAUUGCAUCGUGUACUGCACUGGUACUGUGAGUCUGCUGAGCAGUGGUAUUGCAUUUGUGUUUUCUCCAGUGGGAUGUGUUCUAAAGCUUACAUGCUCUCUGAGAUGAUGGUGACUGUAGUUCCUGUGUCUACUUGCAUUUCAGCUGGUGUAUUUUUCAGUUUCACUUCAAGAACAAUUCCUUGAGUAGUGUCAGUCGCUCUGAGAACUGAAAACAGUUUCAUGUCAUCAUCUGCAUUGUCUCCUGUCUCAUUGCUUUCUGUGAUUAUCUUUGCUUCGUUGCUAUUUUUAGCUUUCCUGCUCACUUGCGCUACUAGUCCUAGUUCUGAGCACUCGUAACUACAGUCCUGAGAAUUGUGUUUCUCUACACAACAGUAGCAUUUUCGCUCGGUGCCCAUUUCUCCCUACCACUUUUGCAAACGGGGGACAUAAACAGCCAUGCUUUCCCUCUCAUUCUGAUCACAUUGGUGUAAACAUAGUCUUUCCGCUAUGAUCAAAGGCUGCGGCCUAUAGUGAGUGCUCAGUGCCUCGGUAACCUCAUCGUCAGUCUAACCUAACCUCAGUCUUUAUCACUCGGUUUGUUAGGGGCUACCAAGCUUUUCAACAAUCCAUAGGCCCUGCUACCAAUGACUAACUUUCCUCUACAAUAUCAUUAGUCAUCCAGAGUGCCAGUCACUCAUCAAAAUCCUCCUUUAUAUCGACAGACAUGUGUCCAAUGAGUGCCAUGAUGAUGUUAGGCUAGCUGGUUAGCCUAGACGUUGGUAGUUGGUGAAACUGAGAAAAAGUAUU